AUGCCGACUGUAAGUAGAGGGCUAUAUAAAUGGUUGCUAUGGAGAGGCGCUACCUUGGAAGAUUUUGCAGACAGACUAAAUCAUUUCUGGACUGUUGGCCUCCUUCUUCUAUUAGCUUGCAUUAUCAGCUGGAAGCAGGGCUACAGCUCACCUAUAAAUUGUUGGGUACCAGCUCAAUUUACAAACAGUUUAACAAUCUACACACAUCAACAUUGUUGGAACAGUUACUUCAUCCAGUAUCCACGCGAUAUUGAAAAAGCUGAAAAGGAAAUUGUUGAGAUGAAUAUGAAUGUAUCCUUACCAGAUCUAUCCUUUGUUACAUAUGAACCUAAAAUGGUUACUGUCAACAGCGAAAUUGUUGAUGAAACUAACAACCUUCUCAAAAUAAUGCCUACAACCAGGACACUGUAUCAAUGGGUACCAUUAAUUCUGUGCUUUCAAGCGCUUCUCUUCAAACUGCCAAAUCUUCUCAUGUACAUUUUACACAGUCUCUCUGGAAUAAGCUUCGACAAGAUUGCUGGUCUAACAAGUGGAUAUGAGAACAUGAACUUAAAAGAGCGUGAUGAUCUGUCUAAGAAGAUAGGCCGUUAUAUCUUCAACUGGUGUCGACAGUUUGAGAACUGGUUGCCAUGGCGUUUUCUCACAUUACUGUGGCUCAUUGUUAAAUUCCUAUACUGUGUCAACAUCAUUGUACAGAUGUCUCUUAUUGACGCCUUUCUGAGGACAACAGAUUCACCCAUUGACAAUUCCACCUCGUAUGGUAAUCUCUUCAAAAACAAUGCCACAACAUGGAAAGAAUCGCCAGCCUUCCCUCGCAUGGUUUUUUUGUGA